AUGGCAAUUUCAUCUUCAUUCACGAGCGUCCACAUCACCGCGUUAGACGCAAUAACAAACGUAAACUCUCUCUUCACUCUCGGCGUCUUCAUUGGCUUAUCCUUCAACCCUAACGACCCUUCGAACAACCUAAACUCAGAUCCCAACUGCAUCCCAACCACCGCCAUCGCCGAAAACCUCGUCGCCUUCCAUGUCUACUCUUUCAGCUCCUUCCUCUUCUCCAGCCUCGUCGCUCUUGCACUCAAACAAGCUAUCCGUCUCUCCCGCAGUUCUUCCUCCCCCGCUGUAGCUCAUAUCAACAGAUCUGCUCUUCGGGUUGGCAUGCUUGUUUCCGGUAUCGGAUCUGUUUCUGGUUGCGCUUUUCUUAUGCUUGCGCUGGCGAAUGUUGUGCAGAUUAAGCUUGGGACGCUUGCUUGUGGGAGUCAGCAUGCUUUAGCAGCGGUUGUUCCGCUUUUUAUUUUUGUUCCUGGUGCGCUUCUGGUUUAUGUUACUGUUGUUGUGUAUGCUUUUACUCGUUAG